GUAGGCUCGUUACUCAAUAUUUUUGAAAAAUUGAAAUUGAAAGCUCAUGUUUGUGAUCUGAAACAACUGUGCUUUUGGUAUUAUUUUAUAGCCAAUUUGUUAAAUUGUUUUCAUUGUCGGACAAUUAGUGUCAAAUUCGUCAAAUAUGCAAACUAAUCAAGGAGAAGCUGUUGACCUUGCCGGGAAAAGCACUUCAACAAAUGUAUUACCUCUGUCUUCAUCAACAACUCCGGCAACAAAUACCUUCACAUUUCCGCUCGCCGCUAAACCUGCAACAACUGCUGCUAACACAUCUUCACUUAUGCCUCAGAUGAAAGCUGGACCUGAAAAAAUGACCUUUGCAAAAUUGGAAGAUACCAUCAACAGAUGGUUGGAUGAAUUUACUAGCUUAGAAAACGAUUUCCAUGAGCAAGCUGAGAAUAUUAAUGUGUGGGACUCAAUCUUGAUUAAUAAUGCUCACAAAUUAUCUCAAACUAAUGAAAAAUUGGAUCAACUCAAGUCAGAAACUGCUAAAAUAAACAAUCAGAUCGAUUUCAUUCAAUCACAACAAGCUGAACUGGAAGAACUAAUCAAGCCUUUAGAAGCCGAAAAAUUAAAAUUGAUGGAAGGUGAAGCUAUCUCUGAGAAAGAUAAAUUUUACAACUCUAUAGAGUCUGUAAAUAAUGAUUUACAAGGGAUUGCACUGGAUAUUCAAGUAAUCAUUGAACAAUUUAAUUCCAUCAACACGAUAAAAGAUGUUAAUGAUCCUUUAGCUUCAAUUGGUAAAAUUUUGAACCUUCACAUGACCCUUCUUAAGUACAUCGAUGAACAAAUUUCCACCAUCUCAAGUCCCGAUUUUGCUCGGAAAGUUUAGGUGUAGCCAAAAAUAUGCUUUACGGAUUAAAUCGUCAAGUUAAAGUAUAAAACUGAUAUAUUCACAUAUAUUCAUGUUAGUUGUUGAUAUGCUCAUAAUAAAGUUUUUUUUUAAAAAAUCUGGCUCUUUUAUCGACGAUUUCAUUGAAUAGUUCAAUGAUCCCGCAACGAGUCAUUGAAAAUUUCAUUAUAAAUUUUUGUCAUCAAAGUCUUAUCAAUUUGUGUCAUGUAAAAAACAAUGAAUCUUAAAAACUCGAUCUGUUAAUAUUUAAUCUUCGUUCCUUUGUCAUGUUGCAUUCAUCGCCAUUUUACUUACAUUUCACUAAGUUUUUUGAAAUUAAUAAAUUGCUUAAAUAACAUCAAA